GUUUUAUCGUUGUCUAAGUUUAGAUCUUGGCUUGCAGAAUGCAUCUCAAGUAACAAGGCUGCUCACUCACUUUAGUAGCACCACAAUCCAGACAAAAACAGGGCUUUACACAGAGCUUUAAAGGAAGACAAAGACAGAAAAGUGGCAAGUCACUGAAAAAUAAGAGUAGAGGCGGGGCUAUCAAAGCCCAGCAGAGUCAUAUAGUGAAAAAUCUCAAACAGGAGGCAAACACAGAGAGACCUAAGGCAGAACCAGGACUAUUUUCUGUAAGAAAACAACUCUUCACCACAUACGUUUACCGUUUUUUCUACCUGGACAAUGACAGAGAAUGUAGAAGAUCAAGUCAACUUCUCUCAAACCUCUGGGUCUGAGCAACAGACUCCGCAUUUUCUACGAGAUGUCAUCUUCCACGGCAAGUUUAAGCGGCUGAAGGCUCUAACUCCAGAGGAAAAUACCCGCUCCCAGCAUGGGCUCUUCUUCCAGGAUGGUCAACGGCGUGUUGACUACGUGAUCACCUAUUCCGUGAAGAAGUCGAGUGGAAGCCACUCCACUCGCCAGUCAGUGCAUCUCCUCACUGAGAAUGUUGUUACCCGCAGCUUCCGCCAUGGUCCUCAGAGUGGUGGCGAAAAGCUCAGAGCCAAGCAAACACAAAGGACGAAAGACUCAUCCUCCGUACAUUCAUCGACAGCUAUUGACAUGGAGUUGGGUUGUUCAGGAGAAAUCUUCAAUAGCCAGGAGGAUCAGAAGGCAUUAAGACGGGAGGAGUUUGAAGGAAAACUGAGAGACAUGGGGCUAGACCUGGAAAAAGAUGAAGAUGGCAAGAUUCCAGGAGUGUACUUUGUGAAAAUCCAUGCUCCCUGGAACGUUCUGUGUCGAGAAGCCGAAUUCAUGAAGUUAAAGAUGCCCACCAAAAAAGUCUAUGAGGUCAAGCAGUCAAACAGUAUUGUGGAGAAGAUCAGUACUCUGAUUAGUAAAAUUCUGGAGCCCCUCCACCCACAUGUUGCGGAACAUCAACCCAAGAACAUCAAACACCUGUCACACACGUUCUCUAGGGAAAAGCAACACCUAUUUGACCUAUCAGACAAAGAUUACUUCUUCGACAGUAAAACCAGGAGUUCAAUAGUAAGUCCAAUAUUAUAAUUUAGAAUCUGUAUGAACAUCUGCAUUUAUGCUUUCUUGGCAGGUAUCACCAGUCUCCUUGGUAGUGGGGUGUAUACUGCAGCUUAUCCUCUUCAUGAUGGAGACAUUGAUGAAGAGAGUGCAGACCCCAAUGACAGAAAGCUUUUAUAUGAGGAGUGGGCAAACUAUGGCGUAUUCUACAAGUACCAGCCAAUCGGACUUGUGCGGAAGUAUUUUGGUGAGAAGAUUGGGCUGUACUUUGCUUGGCUAGGCCUGUAUACCCAGAUGCUGAUUCCUGCCUCACUAGUGGGGGUCAUUGUCUUUUUGUAUGGAUGCGCCACAGUUGAUGACAACAUUCCAAGCAUGGAGAUUUGUCAUCUAAGGAACAACAUCACCAUGUGUCCACUGUGUGACAGAGUAUGCAGCUACUGGAAACUUAGCACUGCCUGUGGGACUGCCCGGGCAAGUCAUCUGUUUGACAAUCCUGCCACAGUUUUCUUCUCUAUAUUCAUGGCUCUCUGGGCUGCCAUGUUCAUGGAGCAUUGGAAAAGGAGGCAGAUGAGACUCAACUAUGAAUGGGACCUUACAGGGUUUGAGGAUGAGGAAGAUCACCCCAGGGCUGAGUACGAAUUCAAAGUAAUGCAAAAGUCUCUUAAGAAACGUCAGAAGUCCCAGGACAAGAUAGAAAAGCUUACAUUUCAGGACCGUCUGCCUGCCUACAUGACUAACAUCGUCAUGAUGUUGUUAAUGAUUGGUGUUACAUUUGCCAUUGUGUUUGGUGUGAUUCUCUACCGCAUCUCCACCAAAGCUGCUCUUCAUAUGAGUUCCAGUCCGAUCACAAGGAACCAUGUGCAGCUGACAGUUAAAACCACUGCAGCCAUCAUCAACCUUGUGGUCAUCCUUAUACUGGAUGAGGUAUAUGGAGCUGUGGCACGAUGGCUUACUGUAUUAGAGGCUCCUAAAACUGACAAGAGUUUUGAGGAGAGACUCAUCUUCAAGACCUUCAUUCUCAAGUUUGUUAAUGCAUUUUCCCCAAUCAUCUACAUUGCUUUCUUCAGGGGAAGACUUGUAGGCAGGCCAGGCAGCUACCUAUAUGUGUUUGACUCUUACAGAAUGGAAGAGUGUGCUCAUGGAGGCUGUCUGAUGGAGCUGUGUAUCCAGCUGAGUAUCACCAUGUUGGGAAAGCAACUUAUCCAGAACAACCUUUUUGAGAUUGGAAUACCCAAACUGAAGAAACUGAUUCGAUACAUUCGGUCAAAGCAAGGAGCUUUUCAGGAAGAAGAGAGACAGAAGAAGUUGACGAGAUAUGAAACAGACCAUUUUCUGGAGCCAUUUGGUGGAUUAACUCCUGAAUAUAUGGAAAUGAUCAUCCAGUUUGGUUUUGUUACAUUGUUUGUGGCAUCCUUCCCGCUGGCUCCACUCUUUGCUCUGCUCAACAACAUCAUUGAAAUACGACUUGAUGCCAAGAAAUUUGUGACGGAGCUGCGAAGACCAGUGGCAGCAAGAGCUAAAGACAUCGGAAUAUGGUACAACAUACUGAGAGGGGUAGCAAAAGUUGCUGUCAUCAUUAACGCAUUCGUUAUCUCCUUCACGUCAGACUUCAUCCCUCGGAUGGUUUACCAGUACAUGUACAGUCCUGAUGGCUCCAUGCAUGGAUUUGUCAACCAUACACUGUCUUAUUUUAAUGUCAGCCACUUCCAGGAUGGCAAAGAACCCAUGGAUCCAUCACACCCUGUUGUAAUAUGCAGGUAUAAAGACUACAGAGAACCACCUUGGUCAAACACACCAUAUGAGCUAUCCAGGGAAUUCUGGGCAGUGCUGGCUGUCCGUCUGGCUUUUGUUAUUGUUUUCCAGAACGUUGUGAUGCUCAUGAAUGACAUUGUUGACUGGCUAAUCCCAGACAUCCCAAAAGAUAUCAGCCUGCAGAUGCACAAGGAGAAGAUUUUAUUGGUAGAGCUGUUCAUGAAAGAAGAGCAGGGCAAGAGCUAUAUCAUUCACAGCAGCACUUCAACAGAUGGAAAGGAAAACUGCAGCAAACACAACAACAGCAAAGUGGCGCCCCCACGCUCCCGACGGCAUACCAACAGCACCAAAAGCUUCUAACAGCCAUGCUAGCAGCUAUGGCUAGUAGCUAGUAGCUAUUAGUUUAAUUGUUGUUAGCAUGUCGAAGCUUGCUAGUAGUUCUCUCUCAGGACAGACUAAAUUGUAUGUUUUUCUUAAUAUUCUUAACAUUCCAACAACUGGGACAGCAGUUGGCCAAAGAGAUGUGAGAAAAUUAAAUCUGUGGCCAAAUAUGUUGCAUGUUUUUGUUGAGCUGUGAAACUGUCACUCCAUGUGUGUAGGGUUGCCAACCGUCCCUUAAAAAACGGAAUCGUCCCGUAUUUAGAAACAAAAGUACACGUCCGGUAUUGAGCUGAAAAGGGACGCACUUUGUCCCGUAAUACAGUGAGAAUCAAAAGUAGUCUAUAA